AUGCUGUCACUGUGGGCAGGAGCCAUCUUGAUUUUCGGAUAUAUCUUUCUUCAAGGCUUACUCUCGCCAUUGUCGAAGAUACCAGGACCAUUCUACACACGAUUCACGAGUAUAUGGAUUAAGUAUCAAGAAUUUACUGCCAACCGACGUGAAUCUAUCCAUCAACUGCAUAAGGUCUAUGGACCGGUAGUCCGACUGGGUCCCAAUGAGGUAUCAUUCACGAGUUUGGAUGCUAUCAAGGAAAUCUAUGCUUCUGGUGGGAGCGGAUAUGACAAAACCGAGUAUUAUGAUCUGUUCAGACAGUUCAAGAUCAACAAGAGAAAACGUCUUUUUGCUGAGAGAUAUGCCAUGUCCAAUAUCAUGAAAGAGAAGCCCAUGGCUGCUAUCCAUGAGCGAGCUACGACUUUCGUGUCCAAGUGCACUGAGGCCGAUCAGAGGAGCGUGGAUGUCUAUUCCCUACUCCACUGCUACGCUCUCGACUGCGUAACCCAUUUCAUGUUCAGCCCCGGUGGUCUCAAGUCACUCGACAACCCCAAAGACUACGAAAUUAUGCACGAAUUAACCUAUCACCAAAGUCUACAGAAAAACCUCUUGGAAUACUACCUUCCAUCCCUGUCUCCUUACUUUCCCAAAUUCCUACACGCACGCAGCGCGCCCAAAGCAAAUGCAUAUGUUCAAAAGCGAGCAUCCCUCUCAGACCACGACCCGCACACCCUAAUCGAAAAGCUGACCCGCAAAGAAUCCAACCUAACCACAAUGCAAGCAGCAGCAGAAUGCAAAGAUCACAUGGCCGCCGGAAUCGACACAACAGGCGAUGGCCUGUGCUUUCUCAUGUGGGAAUUAUCUCGGCCACAAAAUCACCCCUUCCAGCAACGCUUGUACCAGGAGCUGGUUUCUGCGCCAGCUGAUGCCCCACUUGAUAGUCUUUCUUACCUCGAUGCUGUUAUCAAAGAGGCGUUGCGUUGUGCACCGCCGAUUCCUAUGUCUUUGCCUAGAUACGUUCCGAAGGGUGGGCGUACCAUUGAUGGAGUCUUUGUGCCCGAGCGUGUGAUUGUUAGUUGUCAGCCUUAUUCUGUGCACCGGGAUCCCGGGGUUUUUACUGAUCCUGACCGGUUUUGGCCGGAGAGAUGGCUUGUUGGAGAUGGUGUUGCGGAGAGAAAUAGACUUUUCUUUGCUUUUGCUACCGGUGGGAGAGGAUGUACCGGGAAGAAUCUUGCUCUUGUUGAGAUGAAGAUGCUGCUCAGGGAGGUUUAUUCGCGGUUUAGAACCACCGUUGCUGCGGACAUGACCGCUUCUAUGAAGUUGGAUGAUCAGAUUAUCUCUUCAAGACCUAAGGGGCAGAGCUGCAAACUGGUCUUUACUGCUAUUGAGGGUAAUUAG